CAUUAGCAUGUGGAACCAUAACUUGAUAUAUUGCUCCUCAGGCUGAAAACAUAAACUGCUUCAUGCUGAUUAAGGGACUCAGAUGAACAUUUUAUUCUUAAAAUAGAAAUGACUCUAAAUUGUGACUAAUGCAACCGCGCGCACACACUGGACUCCGUGUAGCUCAUCGUGGAUUAGAGGUAAAACGGUGAUGCGCUUCGUGUCAUCCACAAAAGAGACGGCUAGGUCAACACUCCCAGAACAUUUGGACCCUUCGUCCUCGGUCAGGUCUGCAACAACGCCACUAUUGUACAACCAGAGAUGCUGCUGCUGCUAAUUCCCACUUCACAACAACUAAAGGACCUCCUGCUCCAUAGAAACUAGAGUUAAAUGCCAACUUUGUGAAUCUAAAUAACGUUCAACUUGAUGCUAUCCUGGCCGGUUUGUGUGUGACUUCCCUGCUAAACUAAAAGUCUACAAGCCUUCUUUGCUUCCUGAGAGAGCGGAACGGAGUGGGACGGACUUGGAUGUCAGUCAGAAGCUCCCGAUGCUACCAUAAAGAUCCCAAAGGUUCACUGGAAAAAUAAGACAACAUGGCGAAGAAAAUAUGUGGAACCAAUUACCCAGUCAGCAUCUGCUUCAUAGUAGUGAAUGAAUUCUGUGAACGUUUCUCCUACUAUGGCAUGAAAGCAUUGCUGACCCUCUAUUUCUACACCUACCUGAAAUGGGACACGGAUCUCUCCACUGCAAUCUAUCAUGCCUUCAGCGGCCUGUGCUACUUCACUCCCAUCUUGGGGGCUCUCAUUGCUGACUCCUGGCUUGGAAAAUUCAAGACCAUCAUCUACCUGUCCAUUGUUUACGUGAUCGGCCAUGUGGUCAAAUCGUUGGGAGCCAUUCCCACUGUGGGAAACAAAGAUGUGCACAUUGCUCUGUCCAUGUUAGGUCUGAUCCUGAUAGCUCUCGGCACGGGAGGAAUCAAACCCUGCGUGGCAGCAUUUGGAGGGGACCAGUUUGAGGAGGCUCAUACGAGCGAGAGGCAGAAAUUCUUCUCCAUUUUCUACAUGUCGAUCAAUGCUGGAAGCCUCUUGUCAACUUUCAUCACGCCCAUAUUGAGAGGUGAUGUGCAGUGUUUUGGUGGGGACUGCUAUGCUCUGGCCUUCGGGGUUCCUGCAGCUUUGAUGAUUGUGGCUUUAGUUGUGUUCAUUGCCGGCAGCAGUAUGUACAAGAGGAAUCCUCCUCAGGGAAACAUCUUGUUAAAAGUCUGCAAAUGCAUUGGUUUUGCCAUCAAAAGACGCUGGAACAGCUCAAAGCAUGACCCAAAGCGGAAGCACUGGUUGGACUGGGCUGAUGAGAAGUACUCGAAGCAUCUGAUUCAGGAGAUUAAGAUGGUUCUGCGGGUUCUGCUGCUCUACAUCCCCCUGCCCAUGUUCUGGGCUCUGUUUGAUCAGCAGGGUUCCCGCUGGACACUUCAAGCCACAAGGAUGAACAUGGCUUUUGGAGACUCCUUCAGCAUUAAGCCUGACCAGAUCCAGAUGCUGAACCCUCUGCUGAUCCUCCUCUUUGUGCCCAUCUUUGACCUUGUUAUAUAUCCACUUGUUGGCCUUUGCAGGAUCAAAAUCACGCCUUUAAGGAAGAUGGCUGCAGGGAUGAUUUUUGCAGCUCUUGCCUUCGGAGCAGCCACACUGGUGGAGGUGAACGUCGUGAAAACGGUGGUGAAUCCUGCACCUGAAGAGAUGUCUCUGCUGCAGGUUAUUAACGUGGCUGAAAGAGAUGUCAGUGUGAAAAUCCACGACAGUAACCUGUUUCCAGAUCAGAUCCCACACCUUCAGGACCCUCCUAAAUAUGAGAUGCUUUCGCUCGAGGCUCCCAUCAAAGAACUGAACAUUGAAGUCACCUCCGGUGGAAACACGUAUAUGUGCACCGAGGUGUUUAAACAAGAAGAAGCCUACAGUCUCGUCAUAUACAAUGAAAGUACUGGAAUUAAGUGCAAAUUGGUGGAGGACUACAUAACAAAAAAUGAAGAUGGGAAUCCUAAUGUGCGGUUCUUAAACACUCGACCGGAAACCAUAAAAGUAACGGUUGGAGACGAGGAUUUCCUGGUGCCCCCUGCUUACAGCAUGUCCAAUAACAAGAGUGUGGGUCGGGGAGAAUACUCAGCAUACAGCUGCAUCUUACCAUCAGAAAACUGCUCAACAAUCAACCUGGGCCUGCUGGACUUUGGAGCCUCCUACACUUUUGUUCUGAUGGAGGAAUCAAGUAAAAUUGUGGCUGAAAAGAUGGAAGAUGUGAGAGCCAACAAUGUGCACAUUGCCUGGCAGAUCCCCCAGUAUGCCCUCAUAACUGCUGGAGAGGUCAUGUUCUCCAUCACGGGCCUGGAGUUCUCCUACUCACAGGCUCCAAACAGCAUGAAGUCAGUCUUGCAGGCCGGCUGGCUGCUCACAGUCGCAUUUGGAAAUGUGAUAGUGCUUAUUGUGGCUGAGGGGGCGGGACUGGAACAGUGGAAAGAGUUCCUGCUGUUUACCGGUCUGUUGCUGGGCGUCUGCAUCAUCUUCUCCAUCAUGACAUGCUUCUACACCUACGUGGACCCUGAGGAGCUGAACAAGAUUUACUCUGAGAAAGAGGAAGAUGACAGCGACAGCAUCAAGAAGAAAAACAAAGACAUACAACUGAACAAAACAGGGAAGAUUACCAGAAUGUAAUCUCACCACAACGCCUGCUUUGUUUGUAUUUUAAAGUUAUUUUUGUGCAAAAAUAAAGCAAAAAGAUGUGGUCAUGUGACAUAUUUAGUAGUUUUCACUGUCCAGCAUAUCAACAUACCUUGACGGUUCAUUUUGUGGUUUGUAACACUUUAAUCACAUCAGUUUAACUGAUCGGGAAGCACAAGAAUUUAUUUUGUGAAUGACACUGAAAACGUUAAAUAUUUUAGUGAUUUCUAUCUGGAUGAUCAGUAGUAGUAUUAUAGAUGGUAUCGUUUAUAAUCUGUACAUAUUUAUUCAUUAUUAACUAUGUCAACAUGCUGUGUUUUCUAUGAUAUCACAAAUUAAUCAUAACCUGUCUUUGACAGUCUACAACAUCCAAGACCAUGCUUUGGUGUUAUUUUCAGAAAAAAAUCAUCUGAUCUAACAUUACCUUAAAAAACCCAAACAUCACAAAAGACCAGAAAAGUUUACGGUGAGCAAAUAUAACCCGAGUCUGACGAUAUAACCUUAUGAAAAAUAUCAUAGAUUUGCCAUAUUGCAGUAUUAAAAUAUAAGUUAAAAUAUCUCAAUGUAAUGUAUUUUUAACAUCUAGGGCACAUCUAUUAUAUCUAUUAAUUUGAAACUUAAACAAAUAUUCCAAAUACCUUGAGCUUACAAAAUAUUUUAUUUAAACGUAAGUACAAAUACUAAGAAUAAUAAAAUGCUUUAUUUUUCAUGAGCUCAAACAGGGUGAAGUACGGAUACAUGUUUGAUGGUGCUUUGUCAACAUAUUGAGUGAUUUCUGUUCAAGGAAAAGUAUAAAUCAUGCUGCUCAUAAAAUCCUGUAAAUAAAGUGUGACUGUGA